AUGGACGUCAACGCCCUCCACGACGCCCACGCCCACAAGCGCACCUCCAUCAACGAGCUCCUCAACCCCAUCACCGCCCCCGCCGCCCUCGACCACUACAAUCCCACCCAGCUCCCCAGCCUUGCCUCCUUCCUUGCCCCUCACCACCUCCAGCCUGGGCCUGCGCCCUACCCUUCCGCUGCAUCGUCCUUCAGUCUCCGCGCUGCCAGCUGGGACCACGCCGCAAAGGACGGCCACAGACCCGACUCGGAUCCCAACGCCUGUCGCUACGCCCCCCCGAGCCACCCACUCUACCAAGAUUCUUUCUCUCGCCCCCCUCGCCCCCUCGACGAGGCGCCCUCUUACGGCAUCGACGUCCCCACAUGGCCUCCUUCUGCCGAGCCUCCCAAUUCGUCCUAUCCUCCGCCGGCCCUGCCGUCCAUCUACUCCGACGAGCGCACAGGUAAUUCCCAUCUCUUCCCCAUCACUCCUCUCGUUCUCAAUCCCCACCCCAUCCCAGCCGGCUCGACUCAGGCCGCACCAAAGAACUAUCCGCCCCAGCAGCACCAGCACCAGCACCAGCACCAGCACCCCCACCAGUACGAGCAAGACAUGGCCCAGCAAUACACAGCUGCCAAUGUCUGGCAGACCACUGAAAGAGCUUCUCUUCGCAUUGCAGCCCGUGGCUCCAUGCAAAUGCCCGUCCACAUGCAGCCCCCGCCAAGGGGCCAGGGCUCCCCUGCUGCCUACUACGCGCCUCCCGUCGCCUUCGCCAUCCCCUACCAACAGCCUCCCCCUCCCAUGCCCAAGCGCGCCUUGGAGUCGGUAGAGGAGGACGCCAUCCCAAAGGCCAACAAGAAGCCGAAGCCCACAAAGGCAAAGCCGGCAGAGGGCACAGCUUCUUCGCGUCGGGGCUACAACGCCAAGAAGCGCAGUGAGGCCGCCCAGAUUGUCGCACAAAACGCGCAACUGAUGACUACCGUUUCGUAUGCUCACGUGUCCAACGAAAAGGGAAAAGAGAAGGCUACCGCCGCUACUUCUCAAGGCGCCAUGAGGGUGGUAUCGGAUGGCGUCAUAGCACACCAGGAGACCUCCGGCCCCCUUCAUCCGGAAUUGCAGUUUGCCAGAUGCAUGUCGAACCGCUAUCGGUCAGAGGAAUUUCCGCGCUGCGUGUCCUGCACUCGUCGCUGGGCUGGGGACACCUGCCGCUUCCAGGGCAUCCGCUUUUUCCUGAAGAACGAACAGAAAGCCAUCGUCGGCAUCAGUUUCGUCGAGAGCCAGAAGCCCGAUGCGCCAUCCAUGAACUUCCCAAACAAGUGGAACAUUUCCCUUGAGAAGCAGCACAUCAGGCGUAUCAAGCGAACGGUCGCCAUGGCGUUGUUGCCGACUCUCAAGAAGGAACUUGAACAUCUCAGCCUCAACGAGAUUAUACGCCGCCCGAGGGAAAGCGAGGUCAGAGCGACAUGUGACACGUGCAUGACCUCUAUUUUCUCUAGUAGCUGGAUGUGUCGCCUCUGUGGCCGCGAAGCCUGCGCGGAGUGCUAUGAUCAGGUUAGGGAGCUGACCAUCGAUAGAGCGGGAGCCCCGGAGGCGGAAAUCGCCGCUCUUCAGGCUCGUCGCGAGAAGCACGCGCACGUCAACCCGUUCUUCUUGUCUUGCACCAGGCGGAAUGAGCAUCAGGCGAAGGACUUUUCUCCCAUGUCACGCUUUUGCAGGUCAGAGCUCGCAGACGCCAUUGCUGAGAUGGAGGCCAUGCUCCAGGACAGAGAUCACGACGCCCUUUUGCCAGAGCUAGGUACUGCCGAUGCCUCUCUGUCGACUACAUCCUCUCAUUCUGCCGACUGGUCGGCAUCCACACCAGGGUCCGAGAUAAGCGGUGUUUCCAACGUAGACUACACUGGUCCUCAUGCAUAUUCUGCCGCAAGCGGCGUUAGCAUGCCUCCGGAUCCCUCAUCAUUCACAGCAGGGUCAAUGACGCCACAGAUGGCAAGCGGAUACUCGCCCGUUCCUACUCAUGAGACUCUUCACUUCACCGAUUUGGCGCUCGACGAACAAAAGUUCCGCAGAGUUUGGGCUAGAGGAGACCCCCUUGUGGUGACAGGGCUCGCGUCCAAGUUCCACGUGAACUGGUCGCCAGACUACUUCACGUCCAAGUACGGCUCACAGAGUUGCUUGAUCCUGGAGUGUCAGACGGAGCAGAACAAGCGUGUCACGGUCGGUGAGUUCUUUAGUUGGUUUGGAAAGUACGAGGGGCGCAGGGAUUGCUGGAAGCUCAAGGACUGGCCGCCGUCGACCGACUUCCGCACGGCGUUCCCGGAACUGUAUGACGAUUUUAGCAAUGCGACGCCGGUUCCCAACUAUGUUCGACGGGACGGGGUGCUGAAUCUUGCCUCUCACUUUCCCGGCAACACUGUCGCACCUGACCUUGGCCCCAAGAUGUACAACGCGAUGGCGUCGUUUGAAUCGCAGGGGAGCAAGGGGACGACGAGGCUGCACAUGGACAUGGCGGAUGCUAUUAAUAUCAUGCUUUACGCGGCGUCGACACCUGAUGGACGACCAGGGUCGGCGGCGUGGGACAUCUUCAAGGCAGAGGACUCGGUGAAGCUGCGCAAGUUUUUGCGGAAGAAGUUCAAGGGACAGUUCCAGCACGACCCCAUUCACUCGCAGCAAUUCUAUCUAGACUCGAACCUGCGGCAGGAGCUGUUCAAGGACUACGGGGUGAAGAGCCACAGGAUAUACCAGAAGCCCGGGGAGGCUGUGUUUAUUCCGGCUGGUUGUGCGCAUCAGGCAAGUGUGCGGGUAUGCAACCUCGCGGACUGCAUCAAGGUCGCGAGCGACUUUGUCAGCCCGGAAAACAUCGAGCGGUGUGAGAUGCUGACGCGCGAGUUUCGCGAGCAGAACCAGUCGAUGGCGUGGAAGGAGGACGUGCUGCAGCUGCGCACGAUGAUGUGGUUCGCGUGGCUGUCGUGCUGCCGCCAGGAAAAGGACAUGGACGCUUAA